CCGUUAUUUCUUUUCAUCGCUUUGGACUGAGAGCCUUGAAACGCCUCUUUUGCCUUCUAUUUUAUACUCCCAGGCAGGGCUUCUCCAUCGCCAAAUUUGCUUCUUUUCUCUCUUCCUCUCUCUCCGGACUCGGAGGAUCUGCACUUCUUCUUCUUCUUCUUCUUCUUAUCGAUUGCGAUGGAAGAGCCCGUCGAUUUCCAGGAGUGGGAGCUCCUCCAGACUUCCGAGGUGGCCGCCGCCGCCGAAAAUUUGAAGCCUUUGGGGGAGUUGGAGGCCGACUCCGACGACGGCGGGGCCAUCAAGUCCGACUACUUCGCCCUGGACUCCGACGCGCGGUACCCUAAAAGAGCCGCCUUGGCGGGAGGGGACAGCGAGGAGGAGGGGGGCCAUGCCGAUUCCGAUAACCCUAGCUGGGUCGACCCCGAAUCCGACUGCCGGUACCUCGACCGGCCCGAGGGGGUGCUGGGACUCGCCGGGAUCGGAUUACCCCGCAGGGAUUUCGGGGGGUUUUGGUCGGAUGAGUCCUCAGAUGGCCAAAGGUCGCAGCUUGAUAGCGAAAAGGGGGACCUUGGCCAUACGGGGGAUUCCAGGUUUGGAUUGGGUUUGGAAGGGAUCGAGGAUGGGCAUCAGAAUUCCGAUAAGAAAGAUGCGAGCGGUGGAGGGAUUGGGGAGAUUGGAGGAGGUGAGAUGGGGAAGGAGGAGCCCCGUAAAAUGGAAUCUGAUGCAUCGGUGGAAAUGGUGGACAAAAGAGUUGCUUCAGAAACCGUCCCGGUUAGUGGACGAGAGAAGAGAGCGAUGGUAUGGUGGAAGCUGCCACUGGAGCUGCUAAGGUUCUGUGUUUUUAGGGUGAAGCCGGUUUGGUCCAUCUCGAUAGCUGCUGUGUUUUUGGGGUUUGUGAUGCUGGGAAGGAGAUUGUAUAAGAUGAAGCAUAAGAGCAGGAGCAUUCCACUCAAGGUCAGCAUCGAUGACAAGAAGGCAACCCAGUUCAAGAUCCAUGCUGCACGUCUCAAUGAAGCAUUCUCAGUGGUGAGGCGUGUUCCGAUCAUGAGAGCUUCACUCGCAGCUGGUGGUGUGACCCCAUGGCCUGUGGUGGGCUUUCAGUGAGUUGAUAAGACCGGAUGCGUGGAAGCGAUGUGGCAGCAGAAAGCAGACUUAAUAUAUAGACUUGCCUUAUUUCAGAUACAUUAUUGGCAUAGGAGGUUAAUUUUUUUUUUAAUUACUUUUUUCUUUUUCAGUUCCUCGCUGUUGUCCAUAUGACUGCAAUGGCCCCUGUUGCAGUUUACUAGAUUAAAGUCAUCGAUGCUGUUAUGAUUAUUAUGUAACCAUGUCUUUAUAAAUAAAAUUCCCUACUUGCCAAGGUAUUGGCAAUGCAUGUGCA